CGUAUGCAGCAACAGUGCAGUGAAACCCGAACGUAUGCAGCAACAGUGCAGUGAAGCUUCCAAAAUUAUACAACAACAGCGGCCUCUCCAGAGACACUCGCUUUAUAAUAAGUAUACUAAAGUAGUGUCAUACGAAGUUGCUUGAAUACAGUAUUAUUGUGCGUGAACGGUGGCAAUGGUUUGAGCGAUAGCCCGGGUAGCAGCUUGCUUUGGAACGAACUCAAAAUAAAGCAACGAAUACAUGUUGUUCGCCCCGUGCAUGCAGUCUACCACCGCGUGGGCACGAUGUGCCACGACGAUGAUCACACGGAGUAUGCCUGGUCGCGCAUUCCACGUGGUAUCAGCCCCGUUUCCAGGCUCUAUAACUAGCUGCGAAUUUGUCCUUAGGGGAGAGGUAGUGAAUACAAAUAGACAACAGAGAGUCACAUCUGCUUUAAUCGUCAAUAAGCAACAAAGAGUCACAUAUGCAUCAAACUCAUACAACAAGAAGGCGACCUGGAUAUGCGAGGUAUGCAAAGCCUCCAAUUACCCCCAAGAUGGGACCUGCGUCGUAUGUGAUACCAAGCGCAUGCGUAUUGGUGACUGGUCUUGCGCUGAGUGCCAGAGCUACAACCCUAGCUUCCACAAACGCUGCGGACAGUGUCGAGCGCAGAAGAGCGAAGUGUGCGAGUUUGUUGGGAAGACAGAGGGCCAAUGGAUGUGUGCGGAGUGUACCACCGUGAACUAUAAAAGCAGGUUGCGGUGCAGUAAAUGCAAUCACCACAGGGACUAUUUAAAGGGGAAUUGGACGUGCCCACACUGUCAGACGGCCAAUUACCACCAGGACAACGAGUGCCGAUCGUGCGCUCAUGAGAAAACAGAGAAGUUGUUCAGUGGGACAUGGAGGUGCCUGUUGCAAAACAAUGGAUGUGGCAAGAUCAAUAGCGUCGCGACAGAAGAGUGCACUCGAUGUGGCCACGAAGCUGAGCAUAAUAUCAAGGUCUGGCUACCGUGGUAUUGUCAAAGUUGCCAUGCCCACAAUCCAUCGAAGCGAAAGACGUGCUAUAUAUGCGGAUACCCAUCAAUGUGGAAGCGGGAGGGCGGCGUAUUUCGUUCUUUACCCCGCAAACCGGUCGGAGAGACGCUGGCGUCAUCUCGAUGGGAAUGCAGUAAGUGCACUUACCCGAACUCAGCUCACGCAACGAGAUGCCAUCAAUGUUCUGCGUUCAAAGAUGCGAAGGGCGCAUGGACGUGCAAAACUUGCAAGGGUAUAAAUUGGUCUUACCGACAGUUCUGUAUCAAUUGUGGUCCUGCGAUGUGAAGAUCCCAUUAAUAAGUCUUGGAUAGCUUUCAAUGCACAAGGUUCUUUGACAACCGUUCGCACAAUGGAAGUAGGGUGGUAUUGUUAUCGCAGGGCAAAUCAAUAAUACAAAUUGUCGGAAGACAACUGAACGCUAAGCUGUUACAGCAAACGUCUGUAGUAUGCUCGGGAUCUGUGCGCUGGACAUGGCCAAGCAUGAAACACUACACUUCAUGUCGUGCAGCUGAUGUUGAACAACGUAUUCCAUGCGUUUUUUCGAAUGGAUUGUAUGCCUCAUGAAUCGUCGUACCGGCAUAUUAAAGUACCAAAAAGCUUAACCUUUAUCGUAUUAUUCUAUCGCUGUGUGAGAUAAUUAAAAUAAGUAUCUCGAGGAGUCCGAAAUUAGUACACCUUCGCCAUCAGCGUCCUCUCGCGCACGUGCAAGCUUCUCAGUGUUGGCUUCGCCGAAGUAGAUAUUGCCAGCAUUCCCCGUGGUCAUGUAGUCGUCGUAUCUCGCUAGAUAACCAGGAUAUCUCCAUAUUCCAUUGCGCUCAGAAAUGAAGGAAGCCUCAAUGACUGCUGAGGCUUCUAAAACAGUAGCUUUAGUCGCCUCAAUCCCGCUGUUAGAUGUGUCAGUCAGACCCAAAUGGCAUUGAACUAGAUGUCCCCUGACAAUAGGCGAUCUAGGAUCGCUAUGGUCAACAUCACCCAGCUGUACGGUAGAAUUAGAGGUUUGGGCACCACCCAUCGCCUUCCAUCCAAAGUAGUCAAGCUUUCCAUCGGUGAAAUACUGGAAGACUUGUUCAUAUGCACUGGGCUCCGUAAUAACAUCGAACAUAAGGAAACUCGUUUUGUAGAAGACAGACUCCCUAUCGAGUGUAGUCAUCGCUUUAAAGUCAUCCACUGUAUUGAAUUCUGCCACUCCGGUGAAUGCAUUUACACCUCCCAAGUAAUCGUGCUCAACAAACAUAUCCCUAAUUUCUGUCGUACUGAAAAUACCACUAAAGCCCACCUCAAAAUCAGCAAGUAGCGCACUCUCUGCUUCUGCUUUCGAGCCGAGAUAGACGCCACGAAUGCGGACGUAAGGGUUGCUAUUAUCAUCACCACCUACACCAAAAGUGAAAGUCGUUGUCAAUUCCUCUGGUGCGUCUAUGCUCGCAUACUGCUGCCACCAGUUACCAACCUGUACCGAGUCUUCGAGACCACGUGCACGCGUAUCAAUAUAGACCAUCUUAUCGGAUGGGAUAGUUGUCGUAUGAAUUGUAACUGAUGUGAUAAAUCCAAAGGACGAACUGCAUCCUCCUCGCAUGGCAUAAAAGAGUUCGCUAUUUUCAGCCUCCGAAACCACGAUGAGAUCACCAGUGGCGUUGACUACUUCAAACUGCUCUAUCUGAUCUGUUAUAUAGCCUGUCUUUCUACCCAUCAUGCCGUAUCCCGCACAUAGUGAGUGUCCUGCUAUUCCGAGAUAGGGCCAGGUACCCGCUCCAAUAACCGACAUAUUGCCACCUUCUGAAGCUUCAACUAAGAAACCAUAAAUACGGCCCAGUCUGUUGCCAGAUUCUACUUUAAUCUUUCCGGCAAUAGUGUCCACUUGUACGUCGAUGAAGUCGUCCAGGUUGAGAACUAUACCCGAUGAAUACGAGAAACCGGCGAACGAAUUACCUCCGUUCCUAACGACUAUUUCUUCAUUAAGCGACUUGGCACAGACAACUCCUGCCUUGAUAUCUUCUACAUUUUGAACCUUCACGACCAGCGUUGGUUCUUGUUGAUAUCCUAGAUUCGUUCCUAUGUAUGAAUUAAGAAAAAAAGGGUCCGCCACGCCGUAAACGGUCACAUUUGGUGACGCGGUUGAGAUACAUUCACCGAGUGGCGUAGCUUGUCUGGGUGUGAUUUUGUAGGCUUCCAGACCGCCUACAACCGCUGUUAUAGCGAGAAGUGAAUUCACUACUAUCCUACCCAUGGUGUUCU